CAAACGAAUCCUACUUUUCUUAAUUAUCAUGGUUUAUACCUGCAGAUAUCAUCACUGCAAUUACCUGUUAUAAAUUAAGAUGGGUACUGCUUUGAGUGACUUCAAUGAUCAUAGAUGCCAACGUUAAACCAAGGCGAAAAAAGAUUUGUUUAGAAAUGAAUUGUCAUGCCACGAUGAUUGCAGCACGUAAACAUUUGGUGAGCCCUCUCUCUAGUUGCACGGUUGGAAAUGGGGUACUAAAAGAUGGAAAUGGUAAAAUAUCUAUCCUAGAAUAAAGCAGUGAAAUUACAAUUAGUAAUGUUACGAAUUCGCCAGUUGUUCAUUUCACCUACCUAACCGAAACCAUUCUAUGCUUCCGCGAGACAUUCUCCCCAACUGCUAAGAUGACAGAAUUUUUUAAAAUUUUAAAUUCCAUCUACGGUAGAAGAAGUGUAUUAAAUAAAAUAAAGCGGCAACGAUCACACGCGGUAGCCGUUACACCCGACGACGUAUGCCCCUACGAAAUUACAAAUAAUACAGUCAAACCCUACUCUGAAGUGCCGGGUCCUAAGCCUUUACCAAUUUUGGGUAACACCGGUCGUCUUCUACCAAUAAUCGGACAGUACGACAUAUGUGAUGUGGCCAAAAUUUCGCAGUUACUCUACGAGGACUACGGCAAAAUUGUGAAAUUAUCUGGAUUAAUUGGACGUCCCGAUUUGUUAUUCGUGUACGAUGCCGAUGAAAUCGAAAGGGUGUACAGGCAAGAAGGUCCGACACCUUUUAGACCGUCAAUGCCGUGCCUUGUUAAAUAUAAGAGUGUUGUUAGAAACGAUUUCUUUGGAAAUUUACCUGGGGUUGUGGGAGUUCAUGGUGAGCCUUGGAAGGAGUUUCGUACCAAAGUUCAAAAACCGAUCUUGCAAAUUCAAACGGUGAAAAAGUACAUUCAACCAGUGGAGGAAGUAACGAAUUACUUCAUUCAGCGGAUGAUGGAGAUGAAAGAUGGUAACGGGGAAAUGCCGAGCGAUUUUGAUAACGAAGUCCACAAGUGGGCACUGGAAUGCAUCGGGCGAGUGGCCCUAGAUGCACGGUUGGGUUGCUUAGAUCCAAACCUGCCCUCCAACUCGGAGCCUCAGAAAAUUAUUGACGCUGCCAAGUACGCCCUUAGGAACGUCGCGAUUUUGGAACUGAAAUUUCCGUUUUGGCGCUACUUCCCUACGACAAUUUGGCACAAAUACGUUAACAACAUGAAUUACUUUGUCGAAGUGUGCACCAAAUAUAUUGAAGAAGCCAUGGUAAGACUGCAAGCUAAGCAACAUGUGAACGAGUCCGAGCUUUCGUUGAUCGAACGAAUCCUAGCCAAAGAACCAAAUCCCAAAACUGCAACGAUUCUCGCUCUCGAUUUGAUAUUGGUUGGAAUUGACACUAUUUCGAUGGCGGUUUGUUCGAUUCUGUACCAAUUAGCGACGCGUCCAGAGCAGCAGGAAAAACUCCACCAGGAACUCAAGCGACUAAUGCCUGACCCAGAUACCCCUCUAAAUGUGAAAUUGCUCGACGAGAUGGUGUUUUUAAAAUCCUUUGUAAAAGAAGUUUUCCGUGUUUAUUCUACUGUAAUCGGUAAUGGAAGGACUUUACAGAAGGACACCGUCAUUAUGGAUUACAACAUACCUAAAGGGACUCAAGUGGUGUUCCCCACUUUAGUCACGGGAAGUAUGGGUGAGUAUGUCAGCAACCCCAACGAGUUCAUGCCAGAAAGGUGGAUGAAAAAGAACGACGAAGAGUUUAAAAUUCAUCCUUUCGCUUCCUUACCGUACGGCUACGGCGCGCGAAUGUGUCUCGGAAGAAGAUUUGCUGACCUUGAAAUACAAGUACUACUUGCAAAGUUAAUUCGUUCGUACAAAUUGGAGUACUUUCAUCAACCUUUGGAAUACAAAAUAACUUUCAUGUACGCACCGGAAGGUGAACUUAAGUUUAAGGUUACGAAAAGAGACGACUAAUUUGUUACGUUAGAAAUAAUUUAAUUAUUUAUAUGUAUGCCCAUUUUUAAAACUCUCCAGUUCAAAUUUUACAUAUGCUUGCGCUACGCAGUAGGUAGAAAAUUUUAAUAAUUUCAAGGGUGGUAAUAUAUUUUCAAAUUUGUAUUGACCUGCAACAUUUUCAAAUCAAAUAAGGUGUCGUAUCCUCUUGUGACAUCAUUUUCACCUGUAUCAUUGAAUAAAA